CACACUUUCCGGAGUCCAGCAGAAGACAAGGUAAAGAGGGAUGGAGGCACCCAGAGGAGGGAUCUGCUGGCAAUCCCCAGCUCAGUCCCUGCAUGAGUUUCACGGAGCUGAUUGAUCACCAUGAAGUUCUUUGCCCUGUUUUUCGCAGCAGCGCUGCUGGGAGGCUCCUUGGCCAACCCUGUCGUCCCAGAAGAGGCAAAAUCCAAGUGGGAAGAGGGCGUGGAAGUCUUCUGGGACUAUGUGACCAGGGUGGGGAAUGCCGCUGAUGACGUCACCGCUCAGAUCAAGAGCUCACAGCUCAGCAAGGAACUGGAUGGCUUAAUCACAGACACCAUGGCAGAGGUGGAUCAGUACACUGACGACCUACGAGCGAAGAUCGGCCCCUAUGCCCAGGACGUGCAGCAACGCCUGACGACCGAAGUGUCGUCCCUGUCAGAAAAACUGCGCACCGACAUGGAGGAGACCAAGGGCAAGCUGGUCCAGUACACCAACGAUGCGCGCCUGAUGAUCGACCACAACCUGGACGUGUUGCGCUCCCAGGUUGGCCUGUACAUGCGCAAGCUGAAGAAACGCGUCACCAAGGACACCGAGGAGCUGCGGCGCAAGUUCUCCGACUACGCCCAGGAGGUGCGGGCCAACACCGACGAAAAAGUGGACGCCGUGCGCCAGAGCCUAGAGCCCUACCUCUCGAGCAUCCGCGAGAAGGGGCAGCAGCGUUUCCAGGCCCUGCAGCAGGCUAUGGGGGAGCAAGGGAGGAUGGCCCAAGAACAACUCAGUGCCCGAGCCCAGGAGCUCCACAGCCACCUCCGGGAGAAAGCAGAGGAAGUCAAGGGCUCCAUUGACCAGGCCACGGAAAGGGUACGUGAGUGGUUUGCCCCCUUCCUGGAGGACGUCUCUUCUCAGUUCCAGGCCCUGGUGGAGAAGUUCAAGGAGCUGCAGUCGUAAGGCGUGGCCUGCACUCCCUUGGGGAUAACAUCACUGCCUUUGGUUUCCUGGGAAACCAAGAUGGCCGCAAGACCUGCACUGCUCAUCCCCCAUCUCCCUCCAAGUCUACUUGGCCAGAAUGCCGCCAUUUUGGCCUGUUAACAUUCCGCACCCUUUCUGCUGGUGACCACCUUCUCGGCCCUGCAUUAGUAACUGUUGCAUCCAUGAACCACUGACAAGAAAGGCCUUAAUAAGUUUGCUGCACUCCCCAGUUUAACACCUUAUGCCCAAGACACGUGUGUCGUUCCUUUUUGCCGUGAUUUCUCGGCUUUAUCGAUGCCUUCCGUUUGGAUCUGUAACUGAAUAAAAUGUGCUUCACAGA